CCCAAUCAUUAAAACAAAUGAUUUUAAAAGUCAGUUAUUUGGGAGGAUCCCUACGCCUGUGCAGCCUCUGAGAUGAGCUACGUCUUGGAUGAAACUUAUCCAGAUUAAAUUCAGUCAGAAGGCUCUUUUCUGACUGGGAAUAAUUUCUUCCGGUUAAAGAAGAAACGUGAGAUUUCCCACAUAGCUUUGUUUUGAUUGUUGGAGUCUGGAAUUCGUCAGAAUUGUCUGUCUUCCAGCGGCUCAGACAGAGCGAGGAUUUUUAUGCUAGCUCAGCUGGAUAAGUGACCCGUUUUUUUAUACGGACUAACAGGCAAACAUCUUCCUGUCUAUAUUCAUCAUUUUCUUACCUAUACAGCUAAAGAGAUUUGUCAAAGUAACAGCAAUUGAGAUAACCUAGGUGAGGUAAGACUUUCCUUUUUUUAUUCACGGAACUAAGGGGGAAGAAAAUAUAAAUAGCUUAUCUUUUUUUUUAUUGCAAAAAGCUGACAUGGAAAAUAGCAUUUUAAAGGUUACAACGGACGGGAGAUUUCUGAUUGGAAGAGAUAAGAAAUCUUUUUGAUGUAUGGCUGGGACUAUUUUUGCUGAUCUACUUUUUUUUUUGACGAAUCUGCUCAUUCUGUCUGCUACUAGCUAUUUCGACGCUGUGAACUAAAGCCGUUCUUACACUUCCGGGCAGAUAAGAGAUAAGGGCUGUCUAGCGUGUGACGUUAGUUUGUUGGAAAGAUUAACUCCUUUGUAACUGGUUAAAGAAAUAAGCUGCUCUUUGUUUGGGACAUUGAAAAUUGAAGGAGUUUUGUUCCUUUGGCUUUAAGAAUGACAAUUAAGAAGAUCAUGGAUGUACAAGAAGGGACUUUAUCUUUAGACAUGUUUCAGAAAAUAAUGAAUGGGAUUAACUCAAUAAAACAAGAACUGAGAAAUAAUAGACAAGCGUGGAGAAUUGAAUUUCAUGAAAUGAGACAGGAGCUGAAAGAAACUCAGGAUUCUAUGAGAAAGGAGAAUAAAGAUAGAUCUGGAAAACAAAAAAAGGAUGAAAGAGAAAUUAAAGGCAAGGUUCAAACUAUGGAGAUUGGAUUAAUUAUGGACAUGAAAAAAGAUUUGGAUUUUCUGGCUGUGAUGGAUCCUGGAGACAAAUAUUACAGUUUGGAAGUCAGCGCUGUCCCUGAAGGAAUUGAAGAGAUUGGAGAUAAAGAUAUUAUUGGUUCCAAAAAAUUCUUGGACUGGAAGGAUUUGAUGGAACUUGAAAUGGAGAAAGUUAACAGAAUUAAUCCCUGUUUUGUGUCAAUGGAAAAACCUUCAAGAGAUGUACUAGUGUAUCAUGUGGAAAAGAGGAACAGAGAUGCGGCUUUGCAACAAUACUUCAGUGAUACGUUUGGAUUUGAUGGCAAGAAAAUAUCUGUGAUGGAGGAAAUUCCUAUCAGACUUUUAUUAUAUGACUAUGACAGCAAGAUUUUUGGGUGCGUAAAGAUGGAAGAUGGACCCAACAUGGAUAAUGACAGAAGAGCGAUUUAAAAUUACUGGACUUAGUAGAUUUGAUGAGUUGGAUUAAUUGACAUGUUUAUUUAGAAAAAAAAAAUUUGAUUGACAUAUAUCUCAAGGAUUGGAAACUUCUCUUUGACUUUUUGUGGAAGAUUAAAAUGAUAUGAUGUUAAUGAGAUUUGAAACCAACUAAGAUAACCGUUGGAGGA